ACACCGGCUGACGUCCUGCACAAAACACCCACGAGGAAAGUUUCCUUUAUACAGAGAGACAUGUGAGUGUGAAUUGUGUUCACAUCAGUGGACACGCCGAGGAAGAGACACCUGCCAUUUGUGGUUGAACUUUCUUCCAGGCUUCAUCAUCAUCAGUAGGUCAUUGGGAUCCUGCAGAAAUGAAAAAAUCCCCACGGAAUUCAUUGUAAGACUGGGCAUGACUGCGUGGGCCAAGCAGAGGGUGUAGCCACAUCUGGCAGAACCCUUGGACGAAGCACAAACAUCGCGGCACCACAGCGUCCACCACCCUCGGGGGAGAUGGCAGAGACAGAGGACGAAAGGGAAAGCAACAUCGGGAAGCUAUUUGAGGACUUUGUCCAAGCUUCCACCUGCAAGGGAACGCUGCAGGCCUUCUAUGUCCUGUGUGGACAGCUGGACCUUGACCCUGCCAACAAUGGCACCUUCUACAACAAUCUGAAGGCCAAGGUCACCUGUUGGAAGGCCAAAGCGCUAUGGAGCAAGCUGGACAAGAGGAUGUCCCACAAGGAGUACAGGAAAGGUGAAGCCUGUGUAGGCACCAAGUGCCUCAUCAUCGGAGGAGGUCCGUGCGGCCUGCGCACGGCCAUCGAGCUGGCCUUAAUGGGGGCCAAAGUGGUGGUGAUCGAGAAGAGGGACUCCUUCUCCAGGCACAACGUGCUGCACCUUUGGCCCUUUACCAUCCAUGACCUGCGGGACCUCGGAGCCAAAAAGUUUUAUGGCAAAUUCUGCGCUGGGGCCAUAGAUCACAUCAGUAUCCAGCAGCUGCAGCUGAUGCUGCUGAAGGUGGCUCUCAUUGUUGCAGUGGAGUUUCAUAUCAAUGUAGAGUUUGUCAACCUAGUGGAACCUCCUGAGACGCAAGACGAUGACGGGCCAGGGUGGAGAGCUGCAAUCCAACCUGCUGAUCACCCCGUGGCUGACUUUGACUUUGACGUGGUGGUGGGGGCCGACGGGCGCAGGAACACGCUGGAAGGUUUCAAAAGAAAAGAAUUUCGCGGCAAGUUGGCAAUCGCCAUCACCGCCAACUUCAUCAACAGGAACACGACAGCCGAGGCCAAGGUGGAGGAAAUUAGUGGCGUGGCCUUCAUCUUCAAUCAAAAGUUCUUUCUUGACCUCAAAGAAGAAACAGGCAUCGACCUGGAAAACAUUGUGUACUACAAGGACAACACGCACUACUUUGUCAUGACUGCGAAGAAACAGAGCCUGCUGGAUAAAGGAGUUGUCAUUAAUGAUUACGUGGAGACACAGAGGCUGCUGAGUAGCGAUAACGUCAACCAGGAAGCUCUCCUGUGCUAUGCCAGAGAGGCUGCUGAUUUUGGCACCAACUACCAGCUUCCCACGCUGGACUUUGCCAUGAACCACUGCGGCCAGCCCGACGUAGCCAUGUUCGACUUCACUAGCAUGCACGCCUCGGAAAACGCCGCUCUGGUCAGGGAGAGGUUUGGACAUCAACUGCUGGUUACGCUAGUGGGCGACAGCCUUUUGGAGCCUUUCUGGCCCAUGGGGACGGGCUGCGCUCGAGGAUUCUUGGCUGCCUUCGACACUGCCUGGAUGGUAAAAGGCUGGUCUCAGGGUCGGACCGUUCUUGAGUUGCUGGCAGAGAGAGAAAGCAUUUACAGGUUGCUGCCACAAACAACACCUGAGAACAUCGCCAAAAACUUUGAACAGUACACCAUCGAUCCUACGACGCGGUACCCCAACCUCAUCUCUUCGUGUGUCAGGCCUCACCAGGUCCGUCACCUGUACUUGAACGGAGCGCUGAAUUCGUGCUCUCUGGAGCGUGCCGCCUCCAUCCGCCGACCUGUUAAUGUCUGCCAACGAGAAUCUGACAUCAGGCCGGCGAGGCUUCUCACAUGGUGCCAGAAACAGACUGAAGGUUACAAGAAUGUAACAAUCACGGACUUGACGUUCUCUUGGAGUAUUGGCCUCGCCUUGUGUGCCUUGAUCCACAGGUUCAAACCCCAUCUCAUAGACUUCGAGUCAUUGAAUGAGGAAAACCAGGCCGACAACCUCCAGCUGGCUUUUGACAUUGCGGAGCAGGAAUUUGGGAUCAAACCAUUCGCAUCUGUGAAAGAGCUGAGUGGCACCCUGGAGAUAGAGAAGACCAGAAUCAUUAACUACCUCUCCAAAUUCUACGAACUCUUCCGAGGCACACCGUUACCUGAUGCAGUCACAUGUUGUACCACAGGCUCCAGACGAGUGGACGAAAACAGUGAAGAUUAUCCAUCUAAGGCGGUCCGAAGUAAUAAUAACCUUCUCAAUCUUUGUCCGCCAAGGAAACGAGUUCCGAAGGAUGAGAAAAAGACAGAUAGUCCAGAUGCCAUUUACAAAAGGAGGAGAAAAUAUUUCACUCACCCGGAGGAGGACACCAAUUUGUCCGCAAGGGAACCCAAAGAGAACAAAGUGCGCUCCAUGGCUACACAGUUGCUGGCCAAAUUUGAGAGUAAAACAAAGUACACCCAAUGGAGAGAGUCAGACUGUCAGAGUUCCUCCCCUCUUCAAACUCUCGACUCUGCUGAAUGUGCGCAUUUUAAAUUCGCGCCUCCCAUUCCACCCAAGCCUCCGCCUGAGAUACAGUUUCAACUCGAUAUCAGACACACGGCCCAAAACUUAAUCCCCACGGAGCCUCGACCCAAAGCCCAAGAGUCAGAGAGCUGCUUCUCUGUAGUGAAGCUCAGACAUGUGGCUCAGACACACGAGCAAGCCAAGACCUUGCCAGAACCGGAGAACAAAAUGUCUACCGCACCCUCAGUCCACUCUGCGGUCGCGUUCAUGUCCAGAGUUCUCCAGCGCCUCAAGGAGGUGGAUGAACUCAUCUAUGAGAAAAAAGCUCAGUCGCAACAAACUAGAGAGUUUCAGUCAAAGAGCAUAAAGGAGAAAGCGCUUCACCUCAACGGUUUGAUCUCAGCAGACAACUCUGUUGGUAUCAAGGGCGGCUCGGUCCAAAGGGCGUUCCCUCAAUUGAGUGAAAAGUGCCACUCGUGCGAGCGGCGUGUUUAUUUGGUGGAGAGGAUUUGUGCCGAGGGCUUCUACUUUCACAGGGAAUGCUUUCGCUGCACCACCUGCAGCUCGACCCUGCACCAGGGAUCACAUGCCUUCGACCCACGACACGGUAAAUUAUACUGCAAGCUUCACUUUGAUCAACUCAACAACGAGACAGGCCCGCAGAGGAACGGCUCUGCACGCUUGAAUCAUUUACGAAGUCGGUUCGAGGGGCUAUGCGAUGCUACGGAAGAGUGCGCCACGUCCAGCUGUACGGUGGCCCUGCAGAGCCAGUCUCCAGCAGGUACUCUUGGCUCUGUUUUGUGGGAGCAGCUGAGCAGGCCCCUGAGCGUGGCACGUGGCGUAUGUAGCGCCCCCAGGCCUAUGUGCCGCCGGGCGGCUCGGGCUUUUGUUAGCCACUUAAGGGACAACGCCCAGGACUAUGCCUUCAUGUACGAGCUACUCAGCUUGACUUUGCCCUUGCUGCUCAUCUUGUACGACGUUCUGCUGCAGAUGCAAACCGAGGGCGCGCCCAUGUGGGUGUAGGAGCAAAUCGGGCUCAUGGACACCCAAAACCUUGCUGCCAGCACCGUUGGGUUUCUUUCUUUUUUUUUUUUUUAAGAGAAUUCAAGGUUACACCGAUUACAUGGUGUCAGUAAAACAGCAUAACUGCCCAAGUCAUUUUUCCAAGUAUUGCUAUUAUUCUGAUUUUUUUUUUUUCUUAGCAAGGACUUUGUUUUUUUGUUUUUUAUUGAUCACAAGAUAGUAAGUUGAAUAUGACUUGCAGUUAUGCUAUUAGACUAGCAAUGUGGAGAGUAGUAAAGGUUAAAAUUUGUAAGCAAACAAAUCUUUCAAGUAUUAACCAAAUCCUGACGUACAAAAUUUAUAAAAUACAAAAUUUACCCCAAUUUAAUCCAAAAAACAGUCUGUUUUUGGAACAUACUUUGUGUUUACCAAAUUCUAGAGCAAAUCUAGAUAUGUAUUUAAAUUUAAUAUCUUCUGACUGUGUGCACACAUCAAAUGAAAAGAAAAGCUGAUUUUUCUUCAUUUUUUAAUGAAAUGGAAUGAUGUAAAGACCUCGGUUGAGUAUCCAAAAGAGUAUACACUGUGAUUUGCCUACAACCAAACCCGCAGCGCUUAGAUAACAUACAAAAAGUUAAGAUCAUUUUUUUGGGACUCAAGCAAGCGCACUUGACUUGAUAUGUCAGGUUGCUAAAAUGACAAAUGGUUGCCGGGUGUUUUCAUAAGUGAUCCUCAGUGGCUCUUCAAGCACACUUCCGAUUGCUUUACUCAGGUCGUGAUGACUGACUGCCUUCAUGCACUUUAUAUUUGAGAGCUGCCUCAUGGAUUUAGUAGCAGCAACAAAAAAGUGGACUGAAUGUGCAAUUUGCUUUAUCAUUAGUUCAUACUGUGGAUGCUUUUUAGCAUUUAGUCUGUGCUUUUCUGAUAUCUACUGUCGAGUCUCAGAAAAACAAGGGGCGGAAAUAAAUCAGCCCUUUGAGUUCUUUCUAGAACUACAAAAGUCAGUUUAUUUUAUUAAUAUUUGUAAUUGACUGUAGACAAAAGAGGCUGGCAAGCUUGCCACUCUUGCUGUUACGUGUUUUACCAAGAAGCCUCCCAGUUGCUUUAUCCAACAUCUAUUGAUGCUUAUCAGGCACUUUGUGUACAUUGUUUACAACAAUUUGCCGUUGGAUUUGCUCUCUGCUACUUACAUAUUGCAUGACUGAAAUAGCUUUAAAAUGAGCUGAAAUUGAGGUGUUCAUUACGUCACAGAUGGAAAACCUCAUUGUUUUAAAAAUCCCUCUUAGAAAAAAAAAAUCGGGUGACCAAAGCCAACUUGUGUCAAUGUUUUUUUGCUUCAACAAUUGUGAAACCAAUGAACAGAUAUCUUCUCCCUUCUAAAUGUCAGUACUGUAUCUUGCAUUCAGGACUUUCUGCUUACGUAUGUUGUUUUCCCAUCCUUCGUCUGUAUGCUCUUUGUGUUUUAGACUGUUCUCUUCACCUCAUAUGAUGUGUCUAAGCCGGCUGGAUGGUUGCACAUAUUUGCGUUAAAGGUGAUUACGUGCAUGGUCAUGAGGUUGUGUGUUUGACUUCCUGCACACGCCAACGUUCGUAUUAUGAAAUUGUCGCUCUGCUUUAACUGCAUUUACGAUUGUGAGUUGAUUAAAGUUGGCCUUGGCUUGGACAUUA